UAGGCGUUCUCUCACUCUCUUGACACGACUUUACAUCACGAUUAUUCUGUAUUUAAUUCUACUUCUAUUUUUCUAGCUUUACUAGGAUAUUUUAUUAUGAUCCCUUGUGGAAGCCGACCUCCGAGGCUACGAUUUUUUUGUAUGUAUUUAUUAACGACUAUUUUACUAACAACCAUAAUUUACGUCGCCAUCAGCUCACAUUCUCAAGUCGUAAUCAAAGUCGAACAAAUGGAAUUAGAUAUAAAAUAUCUUCUAAAAGAAGUCUCUUAUAUAAGCCGCGAAGUAUUCCAACCAAAAACCGAUAAAGUGGCAAACGAGGACCAAAAAGCAGGAACCCAGCCCCCAUGCAUUUCUAGUUCAAGUAAGGACGUAGAGGCUUUGAUCGGAAAACAAAUGGACGCUUUAAGGAUAGAGUGGUCACGGACGAAACAGAAUAUUGAUAUUAUGAUACAAGAAAUGCAAAAGGAGAUCGCUUCGACUCAACUUCCCGGCCAGGAUGCACGAACUGAUUUUGCAUUAGAGUCACUAGGAGGUCAGAUUGUUGACGUCAAGGACACUUCCUUUUUACGAGCCAACUUUCUGCUGAUGUUAUUGGGUCUGGCUCCCGUGCAAAAUGAACCAGGAAACUUGAUUCGUGAGUCUCUGUCUCCGGGUGAUUGUUAUGCCUUCAAAGGGACGAACAGCACUGUUACUAUCAGGCUCAUGACUAAGGUCUAUAUCGAUUCAGUAACGGUCCAACAUAUUCCUGAGAAUCUAGCCCCAGAUGGGAACAUAAGUAGCGCUCCCAAGGAUUUCUCAGUUUAUGGACUUAGAACACGUUUUGAUCCGAAACCAUUUUACUUUGGAACCUUUAGUUACAACGCCAAACUGCGGAAGCCUGCCCAAGUGUUUAUUUUUAUGCAGGUGGCAACCGAGAAGCAUCGUUACGUGCAAUUUCGUUUCUUUUCAAAUCAUGGCAAUGCUAAUUAUACUUGCAUUUAUAGGUUGAGUGUUCAUGGCCGAUUGGAGAUGAAUAAGUCAACUAGUGAUCCUCAGACUUAGCUAUGAUAUGCGCUGGAUGGGCAUAUUUCGCACCGAAAAUUAUUUUAUAAUUUUAGUUUAUUUUGAAAUUUAAAUUAAUAUUUUAUUUUUUAUAUAUUCCAAUAAAAGUGAUAUUGGUUUGCA